AUGUCUGAACAAGCGAGCAAAGAACGGGAAUGUGAAAAUGACGGGGAGGGGGAGAAGGAGGAGAAACAGCUCCCACAAACAGAAUCCCUCUCCCGAGAAAAUAUCCACGUGGAGCUCACCAGCGCCCCACUCUCCAUCGCACAAGUCAUGGACAGGGUCAGAUCCCCAAAAGCUGGAGCUCUCGUUUUAUUCGCUGGUAUUCACUCUUUUCCUUUCAUUCUUCCUUUCUUCCCUCAACUAACGAAGGGGGGGGGGGGGGGUCCAGGAACGACCCGCGAUAGCUUUGACGACAAACCCGUCGCGCACCUCUCCUACACCGCCUACACCUCCCGAGCCCUAGCGACCAUGAUGUCCGUAUCCGAGGAGGUCAUGCAGAAGCAAGGGUUGAUCGCCAUAUGCAUCGUCCACAGGGUGGGCGAGGUGCCCAUCGGCGAGGAGAGUGUGCUGAUCGCCGUCGCAGGUAAGCAUCGGGGGGAGGCUUGGCGCGGCGGGGAGGAGGCACUGGAGAAGGUUAAGGAGAGGGUGGAGGUUUGGAAGAUGGAGAAGUUUGAGGAUGGGGGUGGGGUUUGGAGGAGUAAUCGGGAUGGGAGGGCUGGGGUUAGGGUUGAUGAGGAUGGUUGA